AACAAAAAAAAAAACAAAAGGGUCUGGUAGACGUGGGAACUCACUAUUGGUUGUUCCUGGGAGUAAAAAACAUGUGCAAGAGAUUUGUAUGAGAGAAUCCCAAAUCCAAGACCAUCAGAGAGCAUCUUUUCUUUUGGAGGGAGGGGGAUGAAGUACGUGUUGGUGACUGGAGGAGUGGUGAGUGGGCUUGGCAAAGGCGUUACAGCCAGUAGUAUCGGCGUCGUCCUUGAAGCUUGUGGCCUUCGUGUUACCUCCAUCAAAAUUGAUCCAUAUUUGAACACUGAUGCUGGUACUAUGUCCCCUUUUGAGCAUGGAGAGGUUUUUGUACUCGACGAUGGUGGAGAGGUCGAUCUUGAUUUGGGGAACUAUGAAAGAUUUCUCGAUGUGACACUAACCAAAGACAACAACAUUACCACUGGCAAGAUAUAUCAGUCUGUUCUUGACAAGGAACGAAAAGGAGACUACUUAGGGAAGACUGUUCAGGUUGUUCCACACAUUACAGAUGCAAUCAAGGAUUGGAUUGAGUCAGUCUCUCUUAUUCCAGUGGAUGGAAAAGAAGGCCAAGCCGAUGUUUGUGUUAUUGAGUUGGGAGGCACUGUUGGUGACAUAGAGUCGAUGCCUUUUAUCGAGGCCUUGAGACAAUUGUCAUUCUCGGUUGGACAAGAAAAUUUCUGCCUUAUCCAUGUGAGCUUGAUUCCUGUUCUGGGUGUUGUUGGGGAGCAGAAAACAAAGCCUACACAACACAGUGUCCGAGAACUAAGAGCUUUGGGAUUGACUCCUCACUUUUUGGCAUGUCGCUCUGCUCAGCCACUACUGGAAGCUACAAAGGCAAAACUGUCUCAGUUUUGUCAUGUGCCGGCUGCUAAUAUUCUCAAUAUCCAUGAUGUUCCAAACAUUUGGCAUGUUCCUCUCCUUCUCCGAAACCAAAACGCUCAUCACUCGAUUCUCAAACAACUGAAUCUAACCAGCGUUGCAACAGCACCUGAUCUUGAUAGCUGGACUAAAAUGGCUGAGACUUUUGAUAACUUGACAGAUCAUGUCAAGAUUGCUAUGGUUGGAAAGUACAUUGGUCUAACGGAUUCUUAUUUGUCUGUUGUUAAGGCCCUUCUACAUGCAUGCAUUGCAUGUUCAUUGAAGCCUCAGAUUGAAUGGAUUGCAGCUUCAGAUCUUGAAGACGAAAGUGAAAAAUCUACUCCGGAAGCACAUGCUGCUGCUUGGAAGAUCUUGAAGAGCGCAGAAUGCAUUCUUGUUCCUGGUGGUUUUGGAGAUCGUGGCGUGAGCGGAAUGGUUUUAGCAGCAAAAUACGCUAGAGAGAACAAAGUUCCUUAUCUUGGGAUCUGCUUGGGGAUGCAAAUUGCUGUAAUUGAGUUUGCCAGAUCUGUUUUGGGCUUGGAACGAGCAAAUAGCACGGAGUUCGACGCUCAGACACCUGACCCUGUUGUUAUAUUCAUGCCAGAAGGCUCAAGAACGCAUAUGGGAAGUACAAUGAGACUAGGAUCCCGAAGAACCCAUUUAGAAAGUCGAGACUCUCUCACUUCUAAACUAUAUGGAGAUGUUUGUUAUGUAGACGAAAGGCAUAGGCACCGUUACGAGGUGAAUCCAGAAGUAUCUCGAGUACUUGAAGAAGCUGGUUUAAGACUUGUGGGCAAAGAUGAUACAGGGAAACGAAUUGAGGUGAUUGAGCUUCAUGAUCAUCCAUUCUAUGUUGGAGUUCAGUUUCAUCCAGAGUUUAAGUCAAGACCCACUAGACCUUCUCCUCUGUUUCUAGGGUUUAUUUUGGCUGCGAGGAAACUUCUUCAGACCCAUUUUAGCAGUUGAUCCAACAACCUCUUCUUCAUCGUCAUCAUACAUUUUGUAAAUGAAAUAAGUUGUCAUUUUGUUCUUCUGUCAUUACAAUAAGCCUUAUUAAAUUAAAAGGCAAGAAUUGUUCACUGACAAGGUGAUAACAAUUUUAUUUACGUGCAAAUUCUCGUUUUUUAUUUUGAAA